UUUUGUUCAUGAGAGCAGAUACAUCGAGGUAGAUAAUAUUAUCCGUUUCCUCUCAGCCUAGCCUGUUCUGUUUCAUUGAAAAUGAUACCAUAAGUUGUGAAUAUAUUUAGCAGUGAUAAUGUUGAUUAAUAUUUUACUGUGCUUAUGUGGAAUAAUUUACACAGUAUAUGGUCAGGGUAAUGCCUCACAAAACAACAACCCGCAACCAACACCCCGACCCACUUCCAAGUACGAAUCAAAGCCAACGGGGACUGACUGGCCUGGGCUAUAUAACGACGGUAGGAACAAUCGCCGCGUUUUAGGAGACUGGUUACUCUACGGAAAUUGGACCCCGAAUUUCAGACCUCCAGCAGACGUCCCAAACGUCGAAUAUGAAGGUUACGACGGCUGGUAUAACAACCUUGCUAGACCAGAUUCAGGAGCCAUAGAUCGACCUCUUAUAAGAAGGUGGCCAGCCGCCUACCAGGAUGGCACAUAUUUACCGUCAGGAUUCGAUAGACCCAACCCGCUUGAACUCAGCGAUCAGCUUCUGAGUGGUAGUAUAGGAAAGUCUUCGAAAGUAGGAAGGAAUGCCCUGUUCCUUUUCUUCGGCCAACAAGUAGUUGAAGAAAUUCUUGACGCCCAACGUCCAGCUUGUCCUCCGGAGUAUUUCAAUAUUCCAAUACCCGAAAAUCAUAAGUAUCAUCUGGGAAAUCCGAAUCAUACUUUCAUGCCCCUGCUACGAACUAGAUACGACAUGAAGACUGGGUACAGUCCCAACAAUCCCCGUCAACAGCUCAAUGAGAUAACCCCUUACUUGGAUGGAGGAUUAUUUUAUGGAAUCACGAAGCAAUGGUCUGAUCAACUGAGAACAUAUUCGAAUGGGACAAUCGAUGAACGGGGUCGUCUAGCAUCUUCACACGAUGGACUUUUUCCAGAAUAUAACACCGCCAGGUUGCCGAUGGCUAAUCCGCCGCCUCCGAUUUAUCAUGAGAGAUUCGUACGAGCCCACGAGACAGCGAAAGUUGACAGGUUUUUCAAACUAGGCAACCCCCGUGGCAACGAAAACGCUUUUCUACUAACCUUCGGUGUGAUGUGGUUUCGCUGGCACAACUACCUUGCUGAAAGAAUCCACUCCCACCAUCCAAACUGGAGUUCGGAGAAGAUUUACAACGAGGCCAGAAAAUGGGUGAUAGCAACCCAACAGCAAAUCGUCCUCUACGAAUGGCUGCCAGUUCUGGUAGGCAAUCUCCCGCGUUACGAAGGCUACGACGUGAGCAUAGACCCCCAAAUAGACCAAUUCUUCCAGUCAGCAGCUUUCCGUUUCGGUCACACUCUUGUAGUUCCUGGUGUCUACCUGAGAAACUACAUUCGGGAAAACUGCACUACAAAAUUCAGGUCGUGGAAACCUAACGCUGUGCGCACUUGCAACAUCUUCUGGAGACCUCAGGAACCGAUGCUGAAUAAGACUGACGACAACAGCACGUUUAUUGAUAUUGACAGACUUCUCAUGGGCAUGUCGGUGCAGCUGACAGAGCGGGAGGAUCAUGUCAUUGUUGAAGACUUGAGGGGAAACGUUUUUGGACCACUGGAGUUUCCCAGAAGGGAUCUCAUGGCAGUCAACAUACAGAGGGGACGGGAUCAUGGCCUACCAGAUUUUAAUUCCGCACGAAAAGCUUUUGGACUAACACCUUACGCAGACUUCAACGAUUUUAAGUAUAUAACGGAAGAAACAAAAACGAAAUUGAGGAACCUGUACAACAAUUCCAUAGAUAAAAUUGAUGUUUGGAUAGGAGGGAUACUGGAAACUAACGAUGGACCUGGUGAAUUGUUUAGAACGAUCAUAAGAGACCAAUUCAAAAGAAUAAGGGAUGGAGACAGGUUCUGGUUCGAGAGAAACAACAGCCUCUUCAGUGAACCUGAAAUUGCUAGAAUAAAAAGUCUGAGUAUUUACGAUAUCCUAAUGGCAGUUACGAAAAUGGAUCCCAAUGACAUUCCAAUAUUUCCCUUUCUGGCCCCAAAGCUUCCGGCGGAUGAACCGCUCAUACAAAAUUGCAAACUAGUAGGAAAUUCGACUGGUUUCCAUUUGCCGCAAUUGAACGAUGAAUUUUUGGCCGAAAAUUGUUCCCAGCCGGGUUCCUACGAUUACUUCAACAACAGCGAGGUGUCCUUUAUUUUGACGUUUACGUUUUUUGGAACCUGCAUACUAGGUACAGCGGGUUUCGUUAUCCUAUUGAUUAAACUGAAAGAACGGGAGAUGGCACAGAUCAAUACAAAAUUUAAUCAAUCAAAAAGGAAAACCCUUCAAACUGAAAGUCGUGUUCACUGGCCAUCGUUCAUUGUUACCGAAUGGGUUGGACCUAAACUUCCAGUGAGAAAAGUGAUAGUGACGUUCAAGUCAGAUUUGAAACAAGUGACUGUGUCUUGUUUCAAUGGCACGCUUCUAAGAGCUCUGGAUUUCAACAGCAGCGCAGGAACUGUGCGAGUCAAAACAUAUGAGAUAACUGAUCGACUAAUGCUCAUUUUGAACACGUCACACAACUAUGAUUUGGUAACGUCUUUUUUGGAAACCGUUGGAGGUAAAGUCGAUGAUAGAGACAUACAAAUCACUGUCAACCACAUGUUGAAACAGGCAGGUGUGGAACACAAAAAGAACAAUCUGACGUUCGAAGACUUCAAAAGAAUGAUCGGCGAAGAUAUCAAGAAUUUGAAUGCCGCCAAGCUGGGCUUCAAAGGAUAUGAGCAAUCGAAGAAGAAGACCUAUCUCGACGAGGCAAAAGAUGUCAUAGAAAAUAUUUAUGAAUUACACUGUUGAAAGGGAACAUUCAGGACUGCGAAGAAUUGCUGGAUACGGGGUGACAAUCACAAGAGGAGCUGCAUCUGCAAUGAUGUUCACAUAUUCAUCGUUGUUGAUAACGAUGUGUAGAAAUAUUCUCACUUAUCUGAGAGAUACGAUUGCCAACAACUAUUUUCCUUUUGACGCCUCUGUGGAGCUGCACAAGUAUAUCGCUUUAUGGGGAUUUGCAUUCACAGUGAUGCAUAUUAUAGGACAUGCGUUCAAUUUCUAUCACAUUUCAACACAAACAGCAGAAGAUCUAACGUGCCUAUUCAGGAACUACUUCAGACCAGUAUUCCUUGAACANCUCGGUCCACUCAUUUUAUACACUUUGGACUGUUUGAUAAGCAUCAGUAGAAAGAAAGUGGAGAUUCCAGUAAUUCGUGCAGAAAUACUACCUUCAAAUGUUACAAUGCUUGAAUUCCAAAAGCCCGAAAACUUCCAAUACAAAGCAGGCCAGUGGGUCCGCUUGGCAUGUAUGGAGUUGAAUGAAAAUGAAUACCAUCCUUUCACUCUAUCAUCAGCGCCGGAUGAAGAUAAUCUGACAGUUCAUAUCAGAUCAGUCGGACCAUGGACCAAUCUAAUUCGAAAAACUUAUGAAACGGCGAUAAGAGACAGUGUUAAACUUCCCAAGCUCUAUCUUGAUGGACCGUAUGGUGAAGGACAUCAAGACUGGAACACAUACGAUGUAGCCAUUUUAAUUGGGGGUGGUAUUGGAGUGACACCCUUCGCCAGUAUUUUGAAAGACGUGACUCAUAAAGCAAACAAAAUCAGAACCCACUGCAAAAAGGUAUACUUUAUAUGGGUAUCCCGGACACAAAAACAGUUUGAAUGGUUGGUGGACAUCAUCAGAGAUGUCGAGAGCAAGGAUGCAAAGAGAAUUGGUGUAUUCAGCUGUGGACCUCCUCCAAUGACAUCUUCAGUCGAUUCAGCGUGCAGCAAAGUGAAUCAGCAAAGCAGUCAAAAGUUUGAACAUCAUUUUAAAAAUUUCUAACUUUCUAUUCGUAUAAUAUAAUCUCAUUCACGGAA